UGAGGUACCGCAGGGCUUUUGCCACCCGGUGGGGAACACACGGUUUUCGGUGCUUGUCAGCGGGUCUCUCAUAAAUCUGCUGCCCUGUAUAACCGGAGUAUUAGCGAUUAUUUUCCAGCAACCAUUCACGACCGGUCGGAAACUUUUUACACCAACUUUUGUAUCACUCUGAUCUAAUCAGGACCCUAAAACUACAAAUAAUGGAUGUAACAUCAACCUGCUGGACUCUGUUGGUCUCCUUUAUUUUCUCGAUCAUGUCUGCAGAUCAGGAAAACAUCACAGCUGAGUCUGGACAGAACGUCACUCUGACAUGUCGAGCUCCAAACAUCAAGAAUGAUCUUGUAGAGUGGAGCAGAGCUGACCUGGGAGAUGAAUAUGUGCUAUUUUACCGGGAUGAUCUGUCUGUUUCUGAUCACCAGCAUCAAUCAUUUAAGAACCGGGUGGAUCUGCAGGACAGACAGAUGAAGGAUGGAGAUGUGUCUUUGGUUCUCAUGAAUGUGACGAUUAAUGACACUGGAACAUACAAGUGUCGUGUUCCUUUGGACAAAACACACUCAUCGAAUCCCAUCAGCAUCAUCUUCCUGAGUGUUGUUGAUCCUCCAGCUCCACCAGGAGGAGCCACAGAGGAUGGAGAUGGAGUUGGUAGACGUCAUCAUGGUCGACUGAUAGCUUCUGUUUUGUGCCUUGUUGUAAUCAUUGUUGUGUUCUUUAAAAUAUUUCACCAUUAUUGUGAUCCCCUUUGAUGACAACAACAAGAAACUAAAGCGACAGAUGACAGACUGUAUCAAACCAAAGUGCAUCAGCCUGAGGUGUAGUAGACAGACCAGUUUCUUUUUCAUCUCCUGUGUUUCUGUAUGAUGAGUGAGUGUCUAAUGUCUAGGUGUGGGAGUGGGAAUGGAGGGGUGAUGAGAGGGUGUAAUGAAGUUGAUGUGUGUAUUUUCUUUAUGCAUUUAAUGUGUACAGCUCUUUGAAUGACUUCCUUACUGUAUGAGAAGUGCUAUGUAA